AUGGCUAAGGGUCGUGAAGAGGACGCUGCGAAAUCGAUAGCGUUUUAUAGAAGUGAAAAGACUACAUCUAAAGAAGUUCUGCAAGAAAUAGACAAACUGCGGCGGAUCUUCAACGUCAACGGAGAUGACGUUCAGGCUUUGACAACGACUGAUGAAAGCCUAGCUCCUUUGCCAAAGAAUAAGAAGGUGUCUUGUUGGCAAUUUUUCAAAAAUUCACCGUCUACUCGUCGCGAGUUUUACAUAAUAAUGGCCUUGAAAGUAGCGUAUAUUAUGCAAGGACUACCAGUAGUGCAGGUUUACGCAGAGCCUAUGUUUGCUGAAGCAGUGCCUCGUGACGUCAUCUCACCGAAUCUAUGCAGUGUGCUCAUGGGAGUCGUCAUGAUUGUCGCUGGCAGUAUAUCUGCGUUUCUGACUGAUAUUCUUGGGAGACGGCCGCUGAUAAUUUACUCAUCAAUAGCUGCUGGUUUCUGCUGCGUGGUACUAGGAACGCAGAUCCUGACGGAGUGGGGGCCUACGUGGAUAAUUCCCAUGUUUAUAUACGUAUACACGAUGUUCUAUACGUUUGGGGCUGGAACCGUGCCUGUAGUUAUUUUGGCUGAAGUGUUUUUACCUGAGGUAAAAAGCAUAAUGUCAAUGCUAGCAGUGGAGUGGUCGUGGACAAUGUGCUUUUUUGUCCAAUUUAUAUUCAACCUCCUCAUAAGUUCUGUGGGCCUGGUACCUGUCUUUUACUUCUUCGCUUUUAUGUGCUUCUCUACUGCUAUUUUCUUCUUUUACUUCUUGCCAGAGACCAAAGGACUGUCAGUUUAUGCCAUUCAAGAAUUAUUUUCUAAGAAAUGGUUACGUUAA